GCCAAUGUGAUAAUAAAAACACAAAGUUUUGUGCGAGUAAUAAAAAAUUUCGUUGUAACCAUCACAUACGUUCAACGGAGGUGAUAUAAGGCCAGCAAGUGCGAUGGUAGGGAUUAGUCUGAAAGUGCGAGCCUCUCGAAGAGAAAGAGGAACAUGAAGCCUAGGAUUUUCUCGGUUGUCUCAACGUUGCUGUUAUUCCACGCCUCAGUGGUUCGAGCUAAGGACACAACGGACAGAGUGGAAUGUCUAGACGACGAUAGAUUCUAUCGAAAUCCAAAAACUCCAGCGCACAAGAUCUGGACGCAGGAUGAAUGCGCGAAGUACUACCUCUGCUUGGAUAGCGACGUUUUUGAGUUCAAGUGCUCGCAUGGUUUGCUCUUCGACGUGUCUCGUCAGUUAUGUGAUUUUAAAGCAAACGUCGACAACUGCGACGUGAGUUUGGAGGAAAUACCCCCAAAGCCACUUCUCCAUGACGGUGAAUGCGAGGACGACACCCUGGCCUGUGGAGAUGGAACGUGUUUACCUUCCCUUUACUUUUGCGAUGGAAGCGUCGACUGUCCGGAUUCCUCGGACGAGGCCUGGUGCGAUACAGAGAAGGACCGCAACGCGGCACCGUCCUGCGAUCCUGAAAAAUGCCACUUGCCAGACUGUUGGUGUUCCAAAGAAGGUACCAGAGCACCUGGAAACCUGAGCGUCUCCAACAUUCCGCAAAUGAUCUCGAUAACUUUCAACGAUGCAGUCAACGCCGAGAAUAUUGAUCUCUACUCAAACAUAUUCAACGACGCGAGGAAAAAUCCGAACGGAUGCCCAAUUCGUGGUACAUUCUACGUAAGCCAUCAGUUCACAAAUUACAGAGACGUACAGAGUUUGUGGAACAAUGGACACGAAAUUGCAGUUCAUUCCGUAACACAUCGAGGCCCUGAAGAAUGGUGGUCGAAAAAUGCAACCAUCGAAGAUUGGUUCGACGAAAUGGUCGGGGAGGCGAAUAUCAUACACAAAUACGCAGGAGUACGGAUCGAGGAGAUCAGAGGAUUGCGAGUGCCGUUUCUCCAAGUGGGAUGGAAUCGUCAGUUUCUCAUGAUGACGGAGUUCGGAUUCGCCUACGAUUCGACAAUCGUAGCCCCGUUCUCGAAUCCACCGAUUUGGCCGUACACCCUAGAUCACCAACCCCCUCACCCUUGCGGCAGCCCCGGUCAGUUAUGUCCAACACGUUCGUACCCAGGCCUCUGGGAGAUACCAAUAAACCAACUACUGCUAGGGAAUUACACGUGCACCAUGAUUGACUCUUGUACGCGCGAUCUAUCAGGGGAGGAAAUAUAUCGUAUGCUCACGAUUAACUUCAACAGACAUUAUCUACAAAAUCGGGCACCCUAUGGACUCUAUUUUCAUGCAGCUUGGUUCAAGAAUCCAGCCUACCACUAUGCGUUUUCGAAAUUCAUUGACGACACUCUGCAGCUUCCAGACGUCUACUUUGUUACCAGUAAUCAAAUGGUUGAAUGGAUGCGAAAUCCAACGCCGUUGGACAAGUUAAAGAAUUUUCAGCCAUGGAACUGCAACAAGCGGCAAUUUGAGCCCCGAGAAAUUGCCUGCGCAUUGCCGAACACGUGCAAGUUGUACAGCAGUGUCUUAAAGUCUGAUAGAUAUUUGUACACGUGUUACGAAUGUCCGAAACAAUUUCCCUGGUUAAGAAAUGAGUUUGGAUCAAACUAAGAUAACUGUUUUUCUUCUUGUGUUGUAUUUUACUUCCUUUUAUUUUUACACAUAAAUUAAUUGAAGGUGAAAUUAGAUCAAUAAGAAUACGCAAUAUGCCGUAAUUUUAAGAAUUUACAGAGUGUAAGUAUAUCUAGAGUGUAUAAUUGCCACAGAGAUUUGCUUGCAAUUAGUGGGAAUAUGACUGAGUACCUUAAUUAGUUGUAAGUAGAAUAUUUAUUUGUACGGAGAAGAACGUAAUGUAUGCGUAUCUACCACGAGAAGAAAAAUAUAAAUGAUAUUUAUCAUCUAGUAUUGGAACGU